UUCUGUUGACUCAGUUUGUGUUGAUUCUGCAGAACAAACAGAACAAACAGAACAAACGGCAGCAGACAUUCUUCUGCUGAUCCGUCGCUGCUUCAGGCGUCUCAUAAACUCAAAGUCCUCUAAAGUCCUCCAGACUCCUCCUCCUCCCAGCCAAAGGUCCGAAGACAACCAGAAGACAAUGGACGCCGACAAGAAGCAGCAGAAAAGCUCCCGGGAAGUUUACUUCAGUGUCCUGCCGGAUAAAUACGAACCUCUGGAGGAGGACGAUGAGGAGGACGAGGAGAGGAAGAGGAGGAAGGAGGAGAAGAAGGAGAGGAGGAAGAAGAAGCACAAGAAGUACAGGAAGAAUGUGAGGAAGGCUCUGGGCUUCAGCUGGAGGUGUUUCGUGGUCGGUCUCCAGGUGAUGGGAACCAGCUUCAACGCAUGGUCCAUGGCGGUCGUGAUUCCCGCGACGACAGAGGAGCGAUGGCCCAGAAGGGAAAUAUGAUGGGAUGGAAGAUGACUUGUGUUUACAUCCACUUUGUUUCUUUGUUUACUUACUUUAUUCUGCAUUUAUGCUGAAAGUUUCAAACUGUUUACCUGGUACUUCCUGUUUCUACUGUUCAAUAAAAUAACAACAGACUGCUUCCAUGUUUGAGUCCUUAUGUCCUUAUAUGGUCAGAGAGGCGGGGUCAAACUGUCCCAAUAUGGUCAGGGGCGGCAGUCCUUAAAAGGUUGAAGGGGCAGAGUCAGACCACUCUUUAUAAGAUAAAGGGGUGGAGUCAAAGCAGUCCUUAUAAGGUUAAAGGGGCAGAGUCUGAGGCUCCAGUCUGACAGCAGCUCCUCCAGGACACCAGUUGGACUCUCAGUGUUGGACUCUCAGUGCCGGACUCUAAGAUGUCUCCUCUGCAGCUGUCCGUCUACUGGCGUCUCGCCCUCAUCUUCCUCUUCUCGUCCUUCCUCUUCUUCCUCGACAUUCUGUCCGACGCCGUCGCCACUGACACGUGUCUCCACGACAACAGCAGCAUCGUGGACCCGGAGAACAACCAAUCAGGAUCCAGGGACAGAUUUCGGAGGACGGAGAGCGGGAACCGAGACUCAGUGUGUGGGUGGACAGAUGUGUUGUCCUAUGGUCAGACUCUCUACAUGUCCGGUCUGCUGCUGGGAUCUCUGGUGGGCGGAGCCAUUUCUGACCGGUACGGCUCCCGUCCGACACUGCUGGUGUUUGUGUGCUUGCACAUCGUGUGCAGCCUCGUGCCUGCCGUCCUUCCUCAGCCACUCGUCUUCCUCGCCGUCCGCUGCCUGGCUGGAGUCUGCAACAGCAUCAUCAACGUCAGCAGCUUCUGCCUCGCGGUGGAGUGGACUCUUCCCUCAGCUCGUCUCUGGCCUUCGGCCUUCCUGCCGUUCUGUUUCAGUCUGGGGACGAUGGGCGGAGCUCUGCUGGCCUGGCUCAGCCCCACCUGGAAGCAGCUUCACCUGUCGCUGGCCAUUCCACAGCUCAUCUGCCUGCCACUCUACCUGUCCAUCCCAGAGUCCCCUCGCUGGCUGCUGCUCAGGAGGAGGAAGGACGUUCUGGAGCGUUACCGUAGCAACAGCACCAGAGACCAACGGUGUCUGGACCAGCUGCUCGACUCGGCCUGUUCUGACCUGAAGAAGGCUCAGAAGGAAGAGCCUGUCACAGACCACACCCCCGGUGACAUCAUCAUCCACCUGAGACACCCUACUGUCCUGCUACGGCUAAUCAUCAUGAGCUACCUCAGUGUAGCAUCGGCGCUAACCUACUAUGGGAUUUGCAUGAACAUUGGCUCGUUUGGCGUCGGCAUUUACUCUGCCCAGUUUUUCUCCGGCCUAUCAGAAGCUCCCUGCCUGCUCAUCCCAUUGGUUCGCCUGGGACGUCGGCCAAUCAGCAUGCUCACUCUGUUCCUGAGCGGCGCCGCAUGCUUCCUGUCGCUGCUGCUGUCCAGAUAUAACAGUGAGCCGGUGCUGGUGAUGAGUUUGGCUCUGAUGGGGAAACUCUGCAUCCUGGCGACCUCCUCCAUCUCCAUCCUGUACUGCAUCGAGCUGUUCCCCACCGUGGUCAGGCAGCGCUGUGUGUCAUUGGUCAACUUGUCUUUCCGACUCGGCUCAUUGGUCAACACCCUCGUGCCGCCAAGUUCCAAUGGAGCGAUCUCAUUGGCUGCCAUGUUGGUGUACAGCGGCGGACCAAUCAUAGGCAGCGGUCUUUGCCUGAUGCUGCCGGAGACGAGUGACAUCCCACUACCCGACUCAGUGGAGGACUGCGACCGGCAGCCGAGGCCCCGCCCCCCCGGCCUGGACGCCCACUGGUGGACGAGGAAGCUGUGGAGCAGCCGAACCACGAAACCGGAGAAUCUCCCUGCAGAGAAGGACACCUUGAAACAACUCACUGGACUGAUUUAAGGGAAACGGCUUCGAUAAUUCCUCCAAAUCAGAUGAAAAUAUGUGAGGAAGAACAAAACAAACGAGUUCACAUCAUCAUUUAUGAAAACAGUUUCAUGGUUCAGAGACAGCUGUGGAAGAAUUAUUCAUCUACUAGCAAAAAAACGUAAUCUACUAUGAGCUACAGUGACGUAAAAAUAUCAUAGAACAUUUAUUUUCCUUAAAUAAUGGUUUAAGUGACAGUCAGAUCUAGCAUUUUUAUAGAUUUAGCUGCUAUCCUUUAAUUAUGUGGAACAACUAAACCACAAACAUAACAGAUAAUAGUUAGCUAAAGCUAGCCAUGGCUGCGGUGCUAGCUAGCUAAUUCACCAGAGCUUUUAUUGCUAAGGCUAAUUUCCUUUACAGCACAUUAUUAUUAUUGUUAUUAUUAUUAUUUUUGUUGUUAUUAUUAUGCAGUAAAACUUCCCAGUUUUUCCACAGAGCUAAAGGAAGCAGGGAUUCCAUUCAAGAUGCUAAUGCUAACUAGCUUAGCAGAUCUAAAAAAAAAAAAAAAAAAAAAUCACAACCUCUUUAACUUUGUGCAGCUUUGUGUCUAAACGUCAAAUUCCAUGUAUUAAAUGUGUAAAUGAAUGUAUUAAUCAUAUUGAUUUAAAUAUACAGACCAACAAAUAUAAAUAGCGGCUAAUUAGCUGAGCAUAUUAGCUGCCAUCUCAGCUUUUAAUCCAAGAGCUCCAUAGAUUAAAAAUAUUCUUGUCAUGUGUGGGUCAAUUUGUUAGAAAUUAGGCCAAGAAAAUGAUGUGAAAAUAAAAAAUGUGAACUUUUAAUGUUUAUAAACAAACAGUAUUUUUAAUAAAAGGUUAAAAAUAUGGAUUUAUUUAAAUU